AUGAAAAGUGAGAGCGUGUAUGACAUCAUUGGCGCAGCUCAGGUUGUCUUUAUGGUAAUCGAACUUGCACUUUGUCUUUUCUUUCUAGUUGGGUGUGUCAGAAAAACUAUAUUAGAGCACACACACUUAUUUGUAUAUUCUUUAGUCUUUGGUAUUCAUGUCGUUUUAUUCUUCAAAUUGAACGACCGCGUUGUUAAUUUACUUCUUGGGUUGAGUAGCACACUAUUGAUAUUGGGACUCAAUUUACAAAUGAAUGGAAUAGUCAGUGGACUUGGAUCGAAUAACAAAGGCUUUAAGAUACCAUUAGUCUUAUUAGUAUCUGUUCACUUCUUGGGUGUUAUUGCGAUACAUUCGAUACUUGUUGAUGUUGACGUUUACCAAAUUUCUAUGUAUUCAUUAAACACAGUCUGUUUCCUCGGAGAAGUCUUUAUGGAAUGGGUGGGAAUGUUUCUUAUACGAAAGGUGAUCACAACGAAAAUGGGCAUUGUCGUCAUCAUUUUUCAAAACGUGAUCAACUUCUUUGUUAUCCUCAUUUCAGUCCAAUUUGCAGUAUUAAUCUUCAUACCAGACUAUUUACCAAGAGAAUUCAUUAUAUUGAUCAACGCUACACUCCGGUCUAUUAUCAUCUUCUUCUCAACUAUCCUCUCGCUCACAAUUGGUCUUGUUGGCUGUCAGGGGUAUGAGGAAUUCGACGAGAACUAUGAGAUCCCGUCCAACUCGAUAACAACAGACAUCAACUUUUUACUCCACCAAACACCGAUUGCAACAAACAAACACUCUGUCAUUGGCACUGCUAUAUUCCUGGGGAGGGAGGUCAUAUACAAACAAAUUGCACUUGGCGAUUUGUUCGAUAUCGAGCAGAUAUCAGAAGAUAUCAUGAAUUUGCGAAUGCUCGAUAACCCGAAUCUCCCAGUUGUUGGUGGGAUCUGUCGGACGAAUUUGAACGUGUAUGUGAUUUAUGCGUAUGGAGUGUGUCCAACACUCGAGACGUGUUGGAAUAGGAAGCUCAGAGAUUAUCAGAUAUACAAAAUAGUGUAUGGGAUGGUUAAUGCACUGUCGUAUCUGUUUGAUAAGAACAUCAUUCAUUAUCAUCUCCACAGUCAAAAUGUGUUAGUCAACGAGUCGUGUGAUAAAGUGAUUGUGACGGACAUAUUACCACUGAUGAAACAUUGGUUUAUUAACAAAGAAGAAAAUAUGUACUAUGAGCUCAGCCAAAUUCAGAAAGAAAGUUUCAAGACGGAGUGUAAUGAAACAAAUAUGCAUUUUGUCGUGAAAGCACUUGUAAGGCUUUUAACAAAGAAAGAAAGUGUUACUGUUGAUAUCAGUGAGGUGCCAGAAACAAGUGUGUUUUAUAAUACUUUAAAAUUAUGGAUGGCUCCAGAUUAUAUAAUGACGUGGGAAAAAAUGAAGAACGACUUGGUGUUACUUAGGGCGUCUCUUUUAUCGUCUCCUUCUUAUCCAGUUGCUCAAUAUUAA